AUGUCGACUCACAGCACUCCUCCGCCUGCGACACAGUCGACUUUGGGUUACCACGAACGCGAACAAAUUCGCGCGAAUGAUACGUCUAGCCCUCGACUGCAGCUCGAUAACCAGGAUAGCGUUUCCUUAUUGUCAUCGUCUUUAUCUCAGGAGGAGGAUGGUCAAACUCAAGAUUUGCAUCGACUGGAAUCAAUAGACAUCGAUCGUAGCGAUGGCUACAGAAACGAGACAACUCCAGCGGUAGCAUCGACAUCAGCCAACAUUCAGGCUGCGGCAACUUCUAGUCGGGCUUCUUCCACCAUUGCUUCCCACAACGAUGUCAACGAGCACAAAACUGGCUGGUUGUCUAAACUACGAGGCCGGUUCACAGCCAUGUUGCCGCCAAAGAGGAAGCAGUCACCAUCUACCCCGAAGCCACCUAAUCGCAUAAAGAAAUGGUUGCAAAGCCAUCGAUAUCUCAACAUAUGGUGGUGGGAGAUACUUUGCUGCGUCUUUGCUCUUGCCGCACUCAUCGCCAUAGUGGUCACCGUUCGUGCCCACGAGCACAAGCCGCUGCCCAAAUGGCAAUAUGGGCUGACUGUAAACGCGAUGAUCGCCGCCUAUACAGUAAUCUUGAAAGCAGCUGCGGGCCUUGUGCUAGCGGAGGGAAUUAGCCAUCUCAAGUGGAUUGCUGUAGCCCGACCGCAGUCGCUGUCAAGUUUCGUUGCACACGACAAUGCGUCUCGGGGUCCUCUGGGAGCUCUCAAAUUGUUGUGGAAGAAUCAGUACAGGUCUGGAGGACUACAUAUGACUCCUUUCAUAUCGUCUUUGGGGGCUCUGAUCACCAUCUUGGUGCUCCUCGUCGACCCGUUUUCGCAACAGAUCAUCAAGACGUACGAGUGCGAGAGGCGUGUUAUUGGAGAAUAUGGCAACAUUGCCAGGACUAAUUCGUACACGGAGGCUGGAAAGCAUUCAGGCGCAGGCGAGGCUACAAUCCCACUCAGUGUCCGAGGAGCCGUUAACAAUGGCAUGUUUGCCUCACGAAAACCCGAUGUGGAAUUUGUCUGUCGCACGGGAAAUUGCAGCUUUACAGAAGAAUACGCCACCCUGGCGUUUUGUAGUUCAUGUAUGGACGUGACCGACGAAUUGAAAUUUGUACAGUAUGACGGCUACGAUGACAUAUUCAACCAGACGACGCCAUACACAAACGUCAGUCUAACGAUAGACGAUAGACGUACUCUGACGCUUUCCCGCGGUGGAUCAGCAAUGUCGCGUGGUUAUCUUGGGCUCGUGUCCCACUUUGACUCUGAACUCAAUAUGAUUCGGUGGGACGGCUUGAUGGCCACUCCAGAGCAAAAUCAGACCAUCAAAGGAUACCGCUGCAGACUAUAUCCUUGUAUCAAGACAUUCAAAGCCUACGUCAGGACUGGUCGCAUUGCAGAAGAAGAGGUAGAGGCAUCGGGCGACGUCUUCUCCAGCGUCAUUACCAGGACAAACCGAGCCCUAAGAGUAGCAGCCGAUCUCAAAUGUCUCGACGAUCCGAGACAAGCAGACGUCUUGCAUAAACUGGGUUACGAGUUCAAUGAAACCACACGUUGGCUGCCGUACAAUGUAUCUUGGACCAACGGCACAAUGGAACAUCCGGUCUUGGAACCCUCCAUGUACUACAAUCCAUGCGAAAGAGCUCCGGCUAAUCAACAUGCCGAUCUAUGCAACGGAAAUAAGACGUCGACAAAAGCUCUCGAGGUCAUACCAGCGCAUUGCAUAUACAAUAUAGGCCAGAUCACGACUACAAGUCUUUCAGAUAAUCUGUUCAGUCAGAUGUUCACUGGCUAUAUUCGCAAUUCGUGGACGUAUGGCUACGCAGGAUAUGAAGGAACAGAAGCCUUGACUGCUCUUUACAACGGCGGAUCUGGUAAUGGGACAUUGAAAGACGUAGAGGGCAUGCUGAAGAAUAUGACCGAUGGCCUGACUACCUACAUGCGUCAGGCUGACAGCGCAGUUGAGAGUUACCGUGCUCUCGGGGACAUGUACAACUACACAAGUUGCAUAGAGGUCAGAUGGGCAUGGCUUUCCUACGCAGCGAUGAUUGUAGGCUCGCUUCUCAUCUUCUUCAUCUGGAUGGUGGUGUAUGCGCGCAGGGACCAGUCGCGAUUACGAAGGCAGUGGAAGGAUGAGGAUUCCGUUCCCUUGAUUCACGAUUUCAAAUCCUCCGCCCUGGACUUUUUGUUCCAUGGAAUGGAUGCUGAGACUUUGCGGCACAUGGCGAACAUGGGUGCUACGAAUCAGACGGGAGAAUUAGAGAAGAGGGCGGAGAAGGUCAUGGUGGCCUUGAUAGCGACGGAGCAGGGGUGGAAACUUUCCUCUGCAGCUUCGUAA